GUAGACUUGAGGCCAGUAGACUUCUGUUGAAUUUGGCACAAAAGACAUCCAAGAAAAAAGAAAGGGGGUCAUAUAGACCUCAAUUUCUGUUCCACAAUGUCACAAGGGUAAAGGAACAAAGUGGGUUGGUUAAUGAGAUAUAUAACAAUCAUGCAACAACUCAACUUUCAUUUGUUCUUUGAAAUCUGGUUGCCAAGAUAUGUACCAACUGCCCCAUCUUACUACAUCAGCCCUACAUGGCGGAUUCAGGAAUAUGACCAAUAAUUCCUCAAACAUAGCAAAUUUGAAAACCUUAAUGUUUUCCAACUUUGGGCAUACAUUUGGUGGAGUUGGAACAUGCAAGUCACUCAUGCUUUGUACACAAUUAUCCAAAUGACACAGCAUGCAAGGGCAGGUAGUGUUUUAAAAACAAGUCUAAAUACAUGCUUUAGUAAGUAUAUGAUGUACUUGUCAAAUGAUGACGCAUGGAUUGAGUUAGAUAAGUGGGGGUUUUAUCCGACCAAUGACAACCAAACCUACCAUGCCACUUGGCAACUUUACAACAUGUAUAAAUUCAGAUGCCACUCUCAUCUUCCAUGCACUUCCUUCUCAAGCACCUUCUAAAAACCCUAGCACUCCAUACCUAUUUUCUUAAAAAGAUGAAGGCUGGAACCCUUGAGCUUGGUGAGGCCUCCAAGGGUUCCACUCCACAAAGUGGGGUGAACAGAGGGGUCUCCAUACUUGACUUCAUUUUGAGACUCAUUGCAAUCAUUGGAACCUUAGGAAGUGCAGUUGCCAUGGGAACAACUGAUCAAACACUUCCUUUUGUCACACAGUUCAUCCGAUUCAGGGCUGAUUUUGACGAUUUUCCAGCAUUCAUGUUCUUUGUGAUUGUAAAUUCCAUCGUAUGUGCUUAUUUGGCUCUCUCUCUGGCGCUGUCCAUAUUCCACAUUGUGAGGAGCAGCGCACGACCCAGUAGGAUAUUCUUGAUCUGCUUUGACUCGGCAAUGUUGGCUCUUUUAACCGCUGGAGCUUCAGCAGCUGCAGCAAUUGUGUACCUAGCACACAAGGGCAAUGCAAAAGCAAACUGGUUUGCCCUCUGCCAACAAUUCCAAUCCUUCUGUGAGCGCACUUCUGGAUCUUUGAUCGGAUCUUUUGGAGGAAUUCUUGUGUUUAUACUGUUAAUCUUGUUGUCCGCUGUAGCCCUUUCUCGACCUUGACGUGAGAUGAUCAGUCACCCACUCUUCCAAUUACUCAUGCUCAUCAGUGUAUCUGUGUAUUUCUUUUUCACGUGUGUCUAUUUCAGUUUGUAAGAGUGAAUGUCAGUGGCUCUUGUCAACUAUUUUUCUAUAUCUACGUUUGAUUUGGAUUUUGGAAUGAUAUAUUGGGAAAUCUUCUGGAAAAAAAGUAUUUGUCUCUCAAUAUUCAUCUUGUUCAUAGCAAUGUUUCUCUAUAUUUUGCUUAUAAUUUCAGUCCUGAUUGCUCAAAAAUAUUUCAG